AUGCCCACCUACCUCUGCCAUGGAUUCAGGUGGCACAGGAAAAGCAUCCUCUAUUUCAUCGUGCUCCAGAACGUCGAAGAUGCGGCCCCCCAGUGGAUUAUCGCGCCGCGCAGCGCCGUGGCCCUUCUAGAAGCGCUCUACGAGCUGUACGACUUCAUACCCCCAAGUGCACUUCUGGACGGCAAUGGCACGCCGACUUUGACGCAGAACUACGGCAGCCAGAAUGCCCAGAACAGGAAUAACGACAGCUACGCGGAAGAAAGGAGAGGACGUCGCGAGAAUGCUACAGACAGUAAAUCCAGAGGUGCUUCACGGAAGCGCAAUAAGUCUUCAAGCCGGCUUCGCAGACCAGACAGACGUCCACAGACACCGCCAGCCCCGCCGCCCCCUCCGCCGUUACCGCCAGAACCUGUUGGUGAUGUUGCCUUCAACGACUGGUCCCCUAUCAAGAUGUUGGAGGAAUACGAUCCACUUAAUGAGUCUGUCAUGAGUGGGCCUUGGGCCUACAUGGCGGACUAUGUGGUGCGCAUAGAUAACUCCAUAUCACCCAUGGAAGAAAUGCUACGAUAUGAGGAGAGAAUCAAAGCCGAUAAAUUAAGAGCUAUGAGCGGGCCAAGUGACGAGACGGGGCGGAAAGUUAAUACGAUAGGAAGCAAAAAGGCUGGUUGGCUUGAAAAGCUCCGAGAUAAAUUGCAAAGAGAGGAGGAUAUUCGGUGGUACGUGGUGGUCUGUGGCGACGAGGAACGAAGGUAUUCCGAAGAUGGAGAUUACGACGAAGAUGAUCUCGAUGCCGAGGACGUCACGCUUUCCGAGGACGAAGAGUUUGAAUUUCGGCUGCCCGAGUUUGCCCCCUAUGAUGUGCCACCGCUGGAGGUCCAACCCUUGCGACUACGCACCUCUGAUCAGGCACCGGCGCAGCGGCAGAGGCAAUCAUUUGAUGAUAAACCACCGGCCGUCCCCGAAAAGGAUUUUCCAAAAUCCGUGUCACCCCCGAACCCCCUCCAGAACCUUCAUGAGGUCGGCAAAGCAUCCAUAGAACUUUCUAUGAGGCCCAAGGCGAAACAGAGCACUACGGGGCUACGGAGACUGUUUACAAGAAAGCAAGUUGAAAAUCCUACUUGA